AUGGUAUCUCAGCACACCGCAGAAGCCGUCAUCCCAAGGGUAGGAGCUCGAUCCAAGCCCGCUGCCCAGCAGAAGCCGACCAUCGACAUUCACAUCGACCGUCACUUCAACUCAAAGGUCUACACCUCCGGUGCCACCAUCUCAGGCCGUGCCGUCGUCUGUCCCCAGCGGGACACGCCUUUCGAUGACUUCGACAUUAUCUUCACUGGCAUUGCCGCCACCCGGCUCGACUUUGUCCAGCAAUACCCUUCGCAUUCGUUCCGUCCCUUCAUGAAGCUUCGCAUGCCCAUUCCGCCAUCGGCCCUUCCCGAGUCCAACGUCUUUGAGGCAGGCAAGACGUACAUGAUUCCCUUCAACUUUGUCGUCCCCCACCAGCUCACCCUCGGCGCCUGCACCCAUCACUGCAUCUCUCCCGCCGUCCGAGAGCAGCAUCUGCGCAUGCCUCCCACCGUCGGCUUCUGGGAGGCCGACGAUCAGGCCCCGGAGAUGGCCCAGAUCGAGUACUCGGUCAAGGCGAGGGCCUAUCGCAAGACGGGCGCCGCCAACGCGCCAACAAAGUUCAUGGAGGGCUACCACAUGGUCAAGGUGCUCCCGGCGCUGCCCGAAGACGCGCCCCUCGACAUCACCUUCCGAGACGAGCGAUACAGCCUGUCCAAGUCCAAGACGAUUCGCAAGAACCUCUUCUCGGCAAAGGCGGGCAAACUGACGGCCACGGCCUCCCAGCCCGACGCAGUGAUGCUGUCGGCCGACGGACACGGCGCGUCCACCGCCACCGCAAGGGUCACGCUCGAGUUUGCGCCAUCCUCAGUCGACAACCCUCCUCCCAAGAUCACGUCCGUCUCGGGCAAGCUCACGUCGGCCACCUUUUUCGGUGCUGCCCCCACCGACUUGCUGCCGAAUCUCGGAAGCCGGUCCGUGUACACGGCGAACCCGUCCCUGAGCUACACAACCACCAGUGUCCUCUUCUCCCAGUCGAUUGGCAAGAUGGCGUGGCAGCAGCGCAACACUUUUGGUCGCAGAGACUCGGGUUACUCCAGCUUGGGUGUCGAGGAAGAAGCGUCCGAGACGGACUGCGACGGCCGCGGUCGUGCGGGCGGCAAGAGCAAAGGCUCCAAGAAGUGUCCCAUUCAGCAUACAGCCUUGCUGGAGAUUCCCUUCUCCAUCCCCAAGACGAACCGCAAGCUUUUCCUGCCGACCUUCCACUCCUGCCUCAUCUCUCGGACCUACACGCUGUACCUCAACCUGUCUGUCGGCCCGGGCAACACGGCUAUUACGCUGGCGGUACCCCUGCAGAUCGGCGUCGAGACGAUUCAUCAGCCGCAGUUCAAUGGCGGACUCCCGAGCUUCGAGAGCGCCACGGCCGAGGAUGAGGAGGCCGAGAUUGAUGCUCACUUGCAGCCUCGUCUUCUCCGCAUCCCAGACAGGCCCGAGCAAAACAACGCCAUGCUCCCCGGAUACGAAGAGUUUAGCCGCCGUGCCAUCGCGGUAACUUGA